AUGUACGCAGAGCCAAAUGAUGUCAUUUUGCUGACCGUUGGGAUAAUACUACUGGCGGUCACCAUUCUCAUGCAGUGUGCAAGCGGAAAGCGUACAAAGAAGAUAAAUUUGUCAAACACCAAAUCAAAAGUAACGCAAAGUUCCGUAUCUUCAAAUCAAUCUGUGAAGAAAACCAACAAACUGCAUAAAAACAAAGUGGAAGGAGGUGUUGAGAAAUCACCGCGAUCCUUAUCCAAAAAAAAGGGACCAAUACAAAAAAGACCAGUUACCAUACGAAGCCAACCUGAUGAAACCUUUUGGUCGAACAAAUUGAAAGCAUACAAUAAAGUGAAAAGCGGAAGCAGUCGAUCGAAUGGACCAUGGGACAAAGAAACGAAUGGUGAUGUGUCUAUUAAAGUACCUGGAAAAUCGCCCACUGUGAUACCUAUGGUCAGAACCGCCACAACACCGAAAGAUGCGCAAAUUGCUAAACUUGUGAAUGAAAAAUCGACAUAUGAUGGGGAAAUUAAAGGAGCCAUCUUCAAAGAACAGGAGCAAAACACUCAGGAAAAUAUCUCAGUCGGCUCAAUCGAUGAGAAAGAGGAACAAGAGUUGGCACUUGAACCGAAAAAUCUCCGAUGGAGUGGUGAAGGAGGUUAUCAGACAGUGCAACUGCGAAACAUAACGAAAGACCGCUUGGCUAUCAAAGCCAAAUGUUCGGAUAACCAGUUAUACCGAGUGAAUCCCGUAUUCGGCUUUAUUGAUCCGGGCGAGGAAUUAAAGGUGGAUAUUAUGCGGCGGAAAGCUAUACCGAAGGUGGAUAAGAUGAUUUUCGUCAGUGUUCAUGCCAAUAAGGAUGACAUUUUUCCCAAGUCAUUAUUCAAACGUUCAAAGGACAGUCAAAAGAUGGCCAUGUUACCAUUGCUUGUCGCUCGAGUUAUCUGA